CCUCCUCUCAAUUCCAGCAAACCAACUCCAAUUAAUAACCCAGAGACCUCAAAAUGUCUAUGUCUCACAUAUUUCGACCAGCACUGCGCUCCCCGCGCAUCUACACCAAACGCACACCCACCUACACAUUAUCAUCAUCAGCAGCAUCAUCAUGUCCAUCACGCCGCACCUACGCCAGCCAAACGCCCGGCAAUCCAGUCAUGGAAAUCUUCAAUCGAAAAACCAAGCACAUGCAGAAGGACCGCGCAGCCCGCAAUGUCGAGGAGAGCCGCAAGACCGACUACAUCAAGGACGAAGUAGCCAUGCGGCUAUGUGAACGGUUGCUGGACAUCAAACGCACCUUCCCCCAAGUCCUCGACCUCGGCGCCAACAGCUGCAACAUUGCCCGCGCUCUCACUAUGCCCGAUCCAGACCCCGACGCUCCCAACGGCAGCUCCCCACCCCUCAGUACACGCAUCGGGCAAUUAACCUGCAUCGACACCUCCGAGGCCCUUCUUUACCGCGACGCAGACGAGCCCUUCAACGACCAGAUCUCUCUCAAGCGGCAAAUCGUGCCUGAUCUCGAAUCCCUCCCCUUCCCGGAGAACUCCUUUGACGCGGUGCUCUCCUCGCUCUCGAUUCACUGGAUCAAUGAUUUGCCCUCGCUGCUGGCGCAGGUCAACUCUAUCCUCAAGCCGGACUGUCCGUUCAUUGCGGCGAUGUUCGGCGGGGAUACGUUGUUCGAGCUACGGACGUCGUUGCAGUUAGCGGAUUUAGAGCGGCGCGGAGGUGUCAGUCCGCAUGUGUCGCCGUUGGCGGAUGUGAGGGAUGUUGGGGGAUUGUUGAAUAAGGCGGGCUUUAAGAUGUUGACGGUGGAUGUGGAGGAUAUUGUGGUGGAGUAUCCGGAUACGUUUGCGUUGAUGGGUGAUUUGCAGGCGAUGGGGGAGAAUAAUGCCAUCUUGCAUCGGGAGUUGGGGCCCAUGUCGAGGGAUGUGCUGUUGGCGAAUGAGGCGAUUUAUCGUGAGUUGCAUAAAGAGGAGGGGUCUAGAGGAGUGCCAGCGACGUUUCGGUUGAUUUAUAUGAUUGGAUGGAAGGAGGGUGAGGGUCAGGCGAAGCCGUUGGAGAGAGGGAGUGGACAGUUGAAUCUGAAGGAUUUGUUGGGUGGUGGUUCCAUUGGUAAUUGA